AUGUAUCAUUGUAAGGAGAAGGAACGAUCUGGAUCGAAUUCAACAAGACGAAAUGGUUAUGAGCCAAUAGCACAAUUCGAAUGUUCAGGAACAUCACCAGACUAUCUGGUACAUGAAACAAAAGAUGGACGAUUAGUAAGUGACAGUUAUGAAGUUGAAUGGCCAAAACGUCCAAAAUUUGGUCGAUAUGCGGAGGGAAGCGAUGUAUUGCAAAUUUUUGUAUUUGAAAAAAUAAAACAAAAAGAUUUUUAA